AUGAAUCUACCCUUUAAUAAAUGGUCAUUAAACUUUUAACACUAAGAAUAAGAAGAUCUUUACUAAGAGUAUAUUAAUUAAUAUAGACUCAAUAAUUUUAAAAUCUUUACUCUGUUGGUUUGUGUUUUAUGUUUACUAUUUUUGAUGGUAUUCUUGAUUGAAAAUCAAUCAACGAUGAUAGUAAUAAUGAUUUCAGCUGUGGUAGGAUCACUCUUUCUUUUAUAUAUGCUAAGUCAAAAACUUACUCCUUAUUUGAAUUACAUUAAUUUCUUUCUCUUAUUAUGGCACAUAGCCACUAGUUUAGCUAUUUCUAAAAGUGGAAUGUAAAUGUAAGUAAAUUCCACUAAAAUAGUCCAUAAUACAUGUAUGGUUUCAGUACUUCCACGUUAGCUUUGCCCAUGUUACUAUAUAGCCAUUUUAAGUUAAAGAUGUUUGCUAUUUUGUUUAUACCAGCAGUUCAAUUAGGGGUGCUUGACAUAUAUUCAAUUGAAAAUUUAGAAUUUAUAUUCUUAGCAUUUUUUGCUUAGAUAUUAUUGGCAAUAUAAGCUCAUAAUAAUGAAUACAUGAAAAGACUUGCUUUCUCAUUGGAGUAAAUUAAUAUCAAAUAUAAGUAUAACUAAACUUUCUAAUUAUAGAGAGAUUAUCAAUCAAUAUGUGGGUACUCCUUUUUUUGCCAUUAGUUUAAGUGAAAGUAGAUAAUUAUUUGAUUUAGAGUUUGCAAAUAAUGAGGCUCAAAGGUAAUACCUCAUCAGUGAUUCUAACUUUUUAAAACAAUUUAUGAGAUUCAAUGUUUUCAUUGAGAAAUAAUUUAAAACUGAAAUUGAUUAAUAAACUUUAGGAUGUAAAAAUACAGAACGGAUUCUAAUCAAACCAUUUAUUAAAACAUAAUAAACUUUAGAAGAUUUUGUUUUCAAAUUUAUUAAAUAAAGGAAUAAUAUAGAAAUAUCAAUCGAAGGGAUAUAUAUUAAUAAAAAUUAAUCAACUCCUUUAAAUAUUGAAAUAAAAAAAACAUUUUUUGGAAAACCUAUUCUACUUAUUGUCAUUAAACAAAAAAAUACACCUAAAAUCAUUGAAAAAUAUGAGUAAUAAAUUCUUUAUUACAAAACAAUCAUUCAUUAAAUUAUUAAAUAAACAGCUGAAUCUCAUGAAUCUUUGUAUUAAAUUAUAAGAUUCUACAAAAAUUAAGAUAUUUUAGAUAAAAUCUAAUGUAUAAACAUUUAAGCUUUGAAUAACAUUAAAAAUAUCAUAGUACUUAUUAAUAGUGAUAAAAUCAAAAUUUCUAAAUUUGAAUAUUAAAUAAUCAAUUUCAAUUAAUAUACCCAAAAAUUAAGUUAUUUUUUAGCAAAAUUAGCUAAAUAAAAUAAUAAAAAAUUUGAAUUCCUGAAUUUUAUUGAAGAGAGAAUUCAAAUUUCAACUCAAUAACAUUACUUAACAUAAAUUAUUCUAAAUUUAUUUGAAUAAGCUUUAAAAUAUUCAAAAAAGAAUAGUUUGAUAAAAUUAUAGGUCUCUUAAUUAAUGUUCAGUGAUGAAAAGAAAAGAAUCUAAUAUAAAUAAUAAUAAGAAUAGUAAUAAUCAUCCUCAUUAGAGCAUAAAUAUUUAAUAAAAUUUGAAAUCUCAUUUGCAACCAAUAAAUAAAUUAAUUUGAUUCCUUUAAAAUAAUAAAUCUUAGAUCCUAAACUUCCAUAAGACUUUUUACAUAAUAAUUCAAUAGAAUUUGAAAUAAGUUAUCCAAUUUGUACAUUAUUACUUAGCUUAUUGGGUCCUUAUAAUGAGAUUUUUAAAAUUUAGGAUUUGAUUGAAAGAUCUGCAAAUGAUAUUCUUUUUUGCAAUACCAUAAGCUUUUUUAUAUAUUCAGAUUAAUCACAAAUUAAUCAAUCCUACUUGAAUUUUAUAAAGUAUGUCUAAUAAUGUUAUUGA